AUGAAUGAAUCGGAGGGUGUUUCACCUGCGGCAUCUGCAGGUUCUUCUGCUAGGAGAAAGACUAGACGAACUGAGGAUGACACUUCGGAAUUAGAUGAAAAGCAUGACGGAGAGGGCCACUCUGAUACAGAUUCUAUCCCUCAGAAGAGACGCUCUCAUGGGGCACACCCCGAAAGGCGGACAUCGGGGAGACGGCGGAAGGCGACGCAAAGUGAACCGGACGACGCUCCUGUCCGAACGAAAAAGAGGCCCCGCAGAAAUGACGUAUUUGAUGAUCUGGACUUGAGAGUGUGUAAUAAGUGGGAGCUGAUAUCGACUGGGUCUAGUGAGCUCGAACAACUAAUCGAUAGAUUUCGGUCUGAGAAAGGUGGGGUUCUGCCGUCAGAGAAAGCGUUGGUCCGGUUUUUAGAAGAUGACCUUAUGCCUGAAAUUUUGGAGAGAGAAGAAAAAAUUAGGAAGGAACAAGAACGAGUUGAAAGAAAGAUGCGUCAUGAAGCGUCGUUUUCCGUGCAGAAACGUUCGUCGAGGGUCCAAGCUCUUGAGGAGAAGCGCGAGAAGGAAGCACGUCGGGUGGCUGAAGAGGAGGAACGUGAGCAAGCCCACUUGCAAGAGAUCGCCGCACGCGCUGAGGCUUUGAGAUCCCAAGUAGUUUCUUUGCAAAAAGAGCAAUCUAGGAGUAUUCGAAUUUCUAGGCGUGCCCACGGAAGGACAGAUGCAAUUGACAGAGAUGACCGUCUGCGGCACAAAAUGGAUCGGGAAGCCAUCAAACAGGAAGCUAUCGUCAUUCAGGGAGCAGUGCGGAGGAGCACGCGGACUUUACGGACUUCUCGACGAGGUCAGGACUUGACUACUUCGCCAUCCCCCACUGUCGAAGACACAAAAGUCGCCCAAAACGUUCUUGCGGAAAAAAUGGCAGAAUCCGACCCUCAUCACAGCAAAGAUGAGACCCUGCAGCAACUUCCCGGCGCUUCAAAUGGGAAUGAUGCGUUACUCAAAGGCAACAACGAGGGGUAUACGGACAAAAAACCGAACCAUGCUGAAGCCGGUGGUCGAGAGGAAGUCAUUCAUGAAGGUCAAGAAAACAGAAGCCAUCAGGCUGCUGAUACGACUAGUGAAGAGGUUCACCAGAGCGGGGAAGCUGUCGAAUCCUCCUCCAAACAAGAUGACACAUCUCUUAAAACAUCAGAACAAUGCGUUGAAGAAGCAUACACAUGGUCGAUUAACCCAGACGACAAGGAGCCGAUACGCGUGCUUGACAAGUUUUUCUUUGCCCUGAAGGCCGAUUUUGCUGAUGCUCCAUUGGAGACUUGCGAAACGAGUGCUUCUCCCAUCAUUGGUUUCGGGGUGCUCUUGCCGCCACUCAAGUCAGCAGCGAAUGCAAGACUCGUUACUAUCGAUGAAGUCAUAGAUUGGAGCAUUGAAUAUGGCAUAGAGCCCAAACUAUGGGUGAAGUCUAAGUAUGCUUGGUACGAGUUGCGGGAAGCUAGUACCGAAUAUCGAGAGGCAUUCACUUCGACAAGAAGAAAAUAUGAGCUGUGUAUUCGCACUGCCAUUCUUGGCGCAACAUACAAGUCCGCAGAGCUGACAUAUGGUCGUGCGGUGGACUUGCUGUCCUAUCGAUAUGAAGAAAUGCAAUCGUAUACUACCACAGACAUUCUGAAGGAGAAGCGUUUCAUUGUCGCGCAGAUGGAAAGCCUAGGGCGUAGACCUGUGUUGCAGUCGGGAUUCGUGCGGGAAUUGAAAAGGAAGAUAAGAGCUGAAGAUCUUCAAAUUCAAGCAGCACUUCGGAAAUCCAAGGCCGCUCUGGCGGUAGAAAGCGACCAAAAGGCGAGCACUGGGGACAGCGCGAAGCCAUCGAAGGCGCAAGCAGAGGCAGAACCAAAAAAAUCAGCCAAGCCAAAGCGUCGUCUGUCAUCCGGAAAACCCAUUCCACGUGCGGUGUCGACCAUAUUAUCUGGUUUGUUGCGCGCAGCCACAAAAUCGAAGAUUCGAUCUCGAAAGCCGAAGCCGAAAGUAGCCCUAGCGAAAGAAAAAGCUGGACGGACGAAUGACAAAACGGCAAGCGCGGCAAAGCCGAAUGGAACAUCUAAAGCUCUAUCAGCAGGAACCAGUGAAACAAAGACAUUCCCGACUUCAAAGCACAGUGAAGUCCAUGUACCGGGAAAUACCAGUCUCCCGGUAACAUGCAAUACCGAGAUGAAAGACAUGCAGGAGGCAAGUACUAUCCUGAGCUUUGCGAACGGGCAUAAGGUGGAAUCCUCUCCACCGUCUCAAUUGCAACUACAACCUACCGCGCGACAAGAAGCCCACAUUUCUGUGCCUGGAACAUAUCCCGUAACAACCGGGCAGCAGUCUACUAAGUCUGAACCGCGAAAUAAGACGUUAUCGUUGGGCCAAGACAUGAAGAGAGCUGAACCGAGUUCUAUGUCGAAGAAUGAAGUCCAUGUUCCUUCCGAGACUUCUGCUCUUGUGGCACAACGCAAGGUGUGGGACAGCAAGAACGUCGCAUCUAUUAACUCCCAAACCAUGGCGCACAUAUCGAAGCACGCUAAUGAGAAUGGAUUGCAUCACGAAGUCCAGAACGGAAUGGCUGAGCAUUCCGGCCGCCAUGCUGACUAG